AUGGUAUCCAAAAACCCGAAUCCGCCAGAGGGCUUGUACUUGGAUCCGAGCGGAAUGGCGUUACCCGGGCUCGGGCCAUUCGCCUCAGUCACUACCUCAGCGGCGACGACGACGUCAACGACGUCUUCUUCGGAGGAUCUGAGUAAGAAGAUUCGGAAGCCCUACACUAUCACCAAGUCCAGAGAGAGCUGGAGCGAACCCGAGCACGACAAGUUCCUCGAAGCCCUCCAGCUCUUUGACCGUGAUUGGAAAAAGAUUGAAGCAUUCAUUGGGUCAAAGACAGUUAUACAGAUACGUAGUCAUGCACAGAAGUAUUUUCUGAAGGUUCAAAAGAAUGGGACAAGCGAACAUCUACCUCCCCCUAGGCCAAAAAGGAAAGCUGCUCACCCAUAUCCUCAAAAAGCUUCUAAAAAUGCUCUGGCGCUUCCACAAGUGUCUGGGUCAUGUCAAUCUUCAUCUGCUUUACAUGAAUCUGGGUUUAUUCAAAGGCCAGAUUCAGCGUCAAUGCUUAUGAGUCCCGUUCCUGGCACUGUAGUCCCUUCCUGGACUGAUGGUUCCAUGCAAACAGCCAACCUAUCACAUGAGUCCAAAGGGCCAACUGGACCGAAUAACAGUUGCAGUAGCACAGAAAGCACUCCAAAAGCUCAACCAGUUGGUGAAACAACUGAUCUAGUAAUUCGUAGCCAUGCGUUGAGAGUUCUCCCUGACUUUUCUCAAGUAUACAGCUUCAUCGGCAGUGUCUUUGACCCUGAUGUUACAGGUCAUCUGCAGAAAUUGAAGAAGAUGGAUCCUAUAGAUGUUGACACGGUGUUACUGUUGAUGAGAAAUCUGUCCAUCAAUUUGAGCAGUCCUGAUUUCGAGGAUCAUAGAAAGCUGCUUUCAUCCUACAAAAUUGACGCAGAUACUGCAAGUCAUGGUGAUGCAGCUAAAAGCCUUUGUGACGAUCAACACAAGAAAGUUGCUUAA